GCAACUCGCCAACAGAUGUUGUACCCCGAUGUGGCCAGCAGGGGUCAGUGCGCUUCUGAGCGGCGCUGCGCGAGCUCCCCGCCGGCUCUUCUUUCUGGUGUUAUUUGUUGUUUGUCGCUUCCUGUUCGCCGUUGCUCGGUUGUCCCCAAGCACGUUGGCCAUGAAAUACCUCAGAGAGACGAGCCACCUGCACCCGGUGCACUGACUCAUGGUAAGAGACACUACGACCGCCGAUUCAAUGGCAUGGCAGCAUCAGAGGACGUUGUGAGCUCCUGGAGCUGUAAGCAGGUGGCCCUGUGGCUUCGGGAUGAAGGUUUCGGGGAGUACGUGGAGUUGUUGUGCGACCAGCACCGCCUGGACGGCCCCAGCCUGCUGGCUCUGACCGAGGCCGACCUGCGCGGCCCUCCGCUGGGCCUCUGUGUGCUCGGAGACAUCAAGCGGCUGAUCAUAGCCCUCUGCCGGCUCCAGAGACGGAACCAGGCCCGGCUGGAGGAGCUGGGCCUCCCAGCCGGGCUCUCGCCGGGGGGCGAGUGGAGCUGCGGCGCGGCCGACCCGAGGUGCAACGGAGGGGAGCGCUCGAGUAACGGGAGUGAGCUGAGGUUGAGGAACGGAGACCGAUCCGCAUACGACUCUGUGUGUCACUCGCACUCCAACGGGAGGUACAGGCAGCAAGUGUCUGGCAGAUUGGACCCGGAGGUGUGGAAGACAAUCAUCAGUUCCAUCUAUGUCUUUUUUGUGUUUGGAUUCACUUCUUUCGUCAUGGUCAUUGUUCAUGAGCGCGUCCCGGACAUGAGGACGUACCCACCGCUGCCUGACAUAUUUCUGGACAGUGUUCCCAGAAUCCCUUGGGCUUUUGCGAUGGCUGAAGCAUGUGGCCUCAUCCUGUGUUACAUGGGCCUGCUGGUCCUGCUCCUCCACAAACACAGGUCCAUUAUCUUCAGACGGUUGUGCUCCUUGAUGGGAACUGUGUUUCUGCUGCGUUGUUGUACCAUGUUUGUCACCUCGCUCUCUGUUCCCGGGCAGCACCUCAAGUGUGCCAGCAAGACGUAUGAGGAUUUCUGGGGAAAGAUCCAGAGGGCGCUGCUGAUCUGGAGUGGAGGUGGGAUGACGCUGACAGGCGUCCAAACGUGUGGCGACUACAUGUUCAGUGGACACACCGUCGUCAUCACAUUGCUCAACUUUUUUGUGACUGAAUACACACCACGAACGUGGAAUCUGAUUCACACCAUCUCCUGGGUGUUAAACCUGUUUGGCAUUUUCUUUAUCCUGGCGGCUCACGAGCACUACUCCAUCGACGUGUUCAUCGCCUUCUACAUCACCACUCGCCUCUUCCUCUACUACCACACGUUAGCCAACACCCGUGCCUUCCAGCAGAGCCGCAGGGCGCGCAUUUGGUUCCCCAUGUUCUCCUUCUUUGAGUGCAACGUGAACGGACCUGUCCCCAACCAGUACCACUGGCCCUUCAACAGACCGGCGUUCAUGAGGACUCUGGUUGGAUAGAGGGGUUUCUGCGACGUGCAUGCACUAUAAUACCAGCGGCGGAAGGAGAUGCUGCUUCUUAUCUUUGUAUGGUUAGAAGUUUGUUAUCUGGGUGUUUUUUGUUUUAACCUUUUGUUUCCAUAGAUGAUUUAUUUUCUCAUCAACGAUUGAGAUGACAAGGGGAAUAAGUUUACUUCCCAAAACAAUUCCUUUGAAUUGAAUUGCACAUUGCACUACCAGGUGACAGCAGAAGGGGGGUGGGGGGUUCUUAUGGGGUCCAGCUGUGGAUCAUUUCUUUGGAGAUUUAUUUGCCUCACUCAGUUGGUCAUGUUUUUAUUUUGGGAAUGUUUGUUUCACUGGUUUGGGUUGUUAUACCCCCGUAACAUCUGCAGGAGAAGACCUAUCAGGCUUCACACCGCUUUAAUGAAGUUUCAUACUGCAGUUUUCCUUUAAAGAGGUUCGACACCCGUUUAGUAACUACUAACAAAAGAAGCGGUUGUUUCGUUGGAUGUGCCACGGAAGAACACUUCCUGUUCUCUGCUCAUAGAGCUGUUUUAAAUUUGCACUUUAGGAAGCGAGUACUACAACUUAUUUAUAUUUCUCAAUCAUAACAUUGGGAUGGUGUAGCUUCCUACAUUUACAGUUAAACUCGAUCAAUGUAAACUUUUAUGUGAAUGUUAAGUAUGAUUAUGUUUUUAUCCUAAUUUUGCUAUUAUGUUUGUGAUUAUAAAAUGAAGAGGGAGGGAUAUUGAAGUUUUUUUUAUCCAGCGCUUUCCUCUGUUGCACAGUUCAAGGACGGGCUUUUUGGAGAACAAAAGUUCCAAAGAAUAUACUUUUUUUUUUUUACGGCAUUGUUUGAUCUUAACUAAAUCUUUUAAUUAAUUGUUUACAGUUUGUUGCUUUAUUUGCAAUGCAAGUAAUCUAUCUCUGCCUUUUGGCUCAGCAAUGAAAGUUUACAGAUAAGUUUACAGAAAGUUUUUAUAUUUCUAACUGUUUCCUUGAUUGUUCUUUCAAUAAUGUAAUUAUUCUUGCGUUAGUUGAAUAAAAUCAAUAAAUAUA